AUGUACUCAGGGAAUAAAACUUCAGAGAAUCAAACUUCAAGCACAAAUUUCAUCCUCACCGGGCUCUUUGAUCAUACCAAAUACUCAGUCUUCCUCUAUACUUUAACCUUUGUCUUUUUCUUGAUGGCUCUAACUGGGAAUGCCCUUCUCAUCCUCCUGAUCCACAUGGAGCCCCGCCUUCACACCCCCAUGUACUGCUUCAUCAACCAGCUCUCCCUCAUGGACCUCAUGUACAUAUGUGUAACUGUGCCCAAGAUGCUCGUGGGGCAGGUCACAGGAGAUAAUACAAUUUCCCCCUUAGGAUGUGGGGUUCAGAUGUUCUCCCACCUGACCCUUGCUGGAGCUGAGUUUUCUCUCCUGGCUGCCAUGGCCUAUGACCGGUAUGCUGCCAUUUGCAGACCUCUCCACUACCCACUGCUUAUGAAGCCAAGAAUCUGCCAAAUCCUGGUGUCUGGAUGCUGGUUCCUGGGCAUGUCUGAUGGUUUUGUGUUUGCCCCCAUGACCAUGAGCUUCCCCUACUGUCACUCAAGGAAAAUCCUGAACUUCUUUUGUGAAGCCCCUGCACUACUGAAGCUGUCCUGCUCUGACAUCUCCCUCUACGAGAAGCUCAUGUACCUGUGCUGUGUUCUCAUGCUCCUCAUUCCCAUAUCCAUCAUCUCCAUGUCAUAUGCCCUCAUCCUGCACCUUAUCCACAGGAUGAAUUCAGCUGAGGGCAGCAGGAAGGCCCUUGCCACCUGUUCCUCCCACAUAGUGGUAGUGCUGCUCUUUUUUGGAGCCUCCAUCUACAAUUACAUGCUCCCCAGAUCGUACCACACAGCUGAGCAGGACAGAAGGGUGUCUGCCUUUUACACCAUCAUCACCCCUGUGCUGAACCCUCUCAUUUACAGCCUCCGGAACAAAGAUAUCAUAGAGGCUUGGAGGAGAAUGAUGCCAUCAGGGAUAAGACUAAGGAAAGUUGUAAAUGGGAAAACCUAGAAAUGACCCUCUUCCUUUUCUUUCUUCCCCUCCCUAUCUCUUUUCAUUCUGCCCUCUGAUUCUGGUUACCCCAAACGGAGUCCUCCAGGGUCUUUUUUUUUUUUUUUCCUAUCUUAUGCAUGUGGUAAUUCUCCUCCACAUUUCUUUUUCAUCCUGAUUUGUCUCUUAUAUUUUUAAGUUCCUUAGAAUCUUUUUUAUCUGUAAUGCUGUAAGUGACAUAAGGAAAACCACAGCAAGUGCCUUAUCUACCAUCCUAACGUCAUUGAUCAUUUUAAUAUGAGAUUUGGGAAGUCAUUGUCUUAACCCUGAAAGUGUUUCACUGUGAAGAUGUCAUAUCCUAGAAGAAUUCUGGAGGGAAAUUGGCUGGUCUCUCACUUUGCAAAACCUCUGAAGUUAUAGUUCACAUGUGCCAGCCACUGCAUAUCUGCAGUUUUAUAUUUACUAAGGAGAUCUGGACAUAUCUUUUCCAAGGAUUAAAAGUUGGAUUGAUACAGAAAAACUUAUGCUUUCAAUAAUAUUUGGCCAUCAAAACAAUCUGGAAUGAAUGCCAAUCCACAUUAUAGUUCCAUAGUUAAUAGGUUCGUCUAAUUUCACAGGU